AUGAGUAGCCUACGUUUUCUCGACUUGGUCAAGCCCUUCGUGCCGUUCCUCCCAGAGGUUCAGCAGCCGGAGACCAAGAUUCCCUUCAACCAAAAGUUGAUGUGGACAGGUCUCACGCUCCUGAUCUUCUUGGUCAUGAGCCAGAUGCCCCUCUACGGCAUCGUGUCCUCUGACACCUCCGACCCUCUAUACUGGCUGCGUAUGAUGAUGGCGAGUAACCGGGGAACCCUCAUGGAGCUCGGUAUCACCCCCAUCGUCUCCUCUGGCAUGGUUUUCCAGCUCCUGGCUGGUACCCACCUGAUCGAUGUCAACCUCGACCUCAAGUCCGACCGUGAGCUCUACCAGACCGCGCAGAAGCUGUUCGCCUUCAUCCUGUCCGCUGGUACUGCCACCGUCUACGUCUUCACCGGUCUCUACGGCCCCCCCUCUGACCUCGGUGCCGGUAUCGUCGUCCUGCUGAUCCUGCAGCUCUUCAUUGCCGGCAUGAUCGUCAUCCUCCUCGAUGAGCUCCUGCAGAAGGGAUAUGGCCUCGGCAGCGGUAUCUCUCUCUUCAUCGCCACCAACAUCUGCGAGUCCAUCAUGUGGAAGGCUUUCUCCCCCACCAGCAUCAACACUGGCCGUGGCCCCGAGUACGAGGGUGCCGUCAUUGCGCUCUUCCACCUGCUCAUGACCUGGCCCAACAAGCAGCGUGCCCUCCAGGAGGCCUUCUACCGCCAGAACCUGCCCAACGUCAUGAACCUGCUGGCCACCCUCGUCGUCUUCGCCGCUGUCAUCUACCUCCAGGGCUUCCGCGUCGAGAUCCCCAUCAAGUCCUCGCGCCAGCGUGGUGCUCGCGGUUCCUACCCCGUCCGCCUGUUCUACACCUCCAACAUGCCCAUCAUGCUGCAGUCGGCUCUGUCCUCCAACGUCUUCCUCAUCUCGCAGAUGCUGUAUUCUCGCUUCUCGGAGAACCUCUUGGUCCGUCUGUUCGGCAUCUGGGAGGCUAAGGAGGGCGGUGGUGGCCAACUGUCUCCCAUCUCUGGCCUGGUCUACUACAUGUCGCCCCCGCUGAACAUGAAGGAGGCUCUUAUCGACCCGAUCCACACCGUCAUCUACAUCGCCUACAUGCUGACUGCCUGUGCCGUCUUCUCCAAGACCUGGAUCGAGGUGUCUGGCUCCAGCCCGCGCGAUGUCGCCAAGCAGCUCAAGGACCAGGGCCUCGUCAUGGCUGGCCACCGUGACCAGAGCAUGUACAAGGAGCUCAAGCGCAUCAUCCCGACGGCCGCCGCCUUCGGUGGUGCCUGCAUCGGAGCUCUGUCCGUUGCCAGCGACCUUCUGGGCGCUCUUGGCUCCGGAACCGGAACCCUUCUUGCUGUCACUAUCAUCUACGGGUACUUCGAGAUAGCGGCCAAGGAAGGCGACCUCGGUAGCAUGAAGGGGAUGAUCAUGGGAUAAGGGAUUCGCGCCUGGUCGACCGUGCUAUCCGUAUGGAGGAGCUACAAUCGUGGCAGACUGUCCUCUCUUGAGAACGACGUGCCACGUGUAUCUAAUAACCGGCAAAGGUCCCGGAAGGAAAGAAAAACCAGGACAACAAGGGGGGGCUUCCUGAGAGCAUUUGGGUUGGGAAAAGCAUCCGGUAUACCAUUGGUGCAUUGUACCACGUAGGUCUGCUUUUAGGGCCUUUCUCCCGAGACAAAAUGGCUGUGUAUGGGAAAAUUUUUAGC